AUUAAAAUAGGACCAUAUUCUGUUACAAUAGCCUGAAAAUUUCAGCCAGCUAUUGAAACCAGAUAUUUUUUAUGGAUCUGAAUUUAUACGUUUGCGUUUUACGCAAGUAAAUUCCUCACUGCGCAAGCGUACAUGUGAAAGGAUACGUUUACGUAUACUUUGUCUAUAGUCUUUGGCCGUGUUUUAACUGUCUAAUACAUCAAAUUAACCGACGCUUAUUGUCGCUUCAGCGUAGCUAUAUUCUGUAGGAUAACUUUUAUUAAUUCUUUACUUUCAAUAUUUUUGAAUGAAUUAAUUACUCACGAUGUUCAUGUUUUAUUUUUUUAUUAAAGGAAAAUUAUUAUUAAGUAAAAAUAUUUCAUGUGUAAAGCCAUUUAAACCUAGCCGAAAAUUAUACUCAUCGCAUCAAGAACACUGAUAUAAAAUGAAAAAUUAUACUCUGAAUAUUAAACUUUUAUAAUAUAAAGAGACCCUUAAAAGUAUUAAUAUAUAUUCCUAUAUCUCAUGAAUAAGCAAUGGAACAUACAAAUUGUAUAGUUUAAGCAACUUUGCAGCAACUUUGUGUUUUUAAGUAAAGACAAUAUCGUAAGUUACAUUUUAUACAUUACAUUUCGUCUCUUGAAAAAAAUCGGUUUAUUUUUGAAAUAAGGAUAUUUUUAAAAUACAAGAUAUAUGUAUAUUUUGCUACUGUGGUAUCUCGUGGGAAGGCUCUCAUCAUGGGGCCAAUAAAUAAAGAAUUAUGUCGACUAAUAAAGUCAAAACAAUAUUGAAAAAAAAUUAUAUAUAUUAUAAAUAGGAAAAUUCUAUAAAAUAAAUUCAUUUAACAAUAGAUAAAUGUCUAUAGAAUAUUGUAUUCUAUAUUUUUGUUUUAAUUUUAUUUGUCUGGUAUAAAAGUAUUAAUGUAAUAUUCAAAAAAGUAGGUCUUAAUCGUAAGGCGCUUUAUGAACUUCACGCAUGCAUAUUAUAAAAUAUCAGUAAACUAUUAACUUUUUGUUUUAUUAAGUUGCACAUACCUAUUGCAGACCUUUAAAAAAUAUCACUCUUCUUUAACAUUUUUUUAAAUGGAUUAAGCUUUAAGAGUAGUGCCACUUCUAUUGCACACUAUUUUAUAGUAUUUUUAGAUUUAAAAUUCAUAUAUUAUUCAUUCAUCAUAUUAAGUACAAUAUAUGUAGAUGUCUCAUUUGUUAGUGAUUUAUGAAAUUAAAUUUUAUCAGUAAUUUAGUGCAAAGAUGGUAUAGGACACUACUCGCAUCCAGUUAUUUGAGAAUUUAGAUAUUAAUUCAGUUAUCAGUACCUACAUAUUCAGAUUUUCAUAUUUAUAAAUUAAUGUAUGUAGUGAUAAAAUCGCUCUAGAUUUACAAGCAAUUUUUAUUUUGUAUAACGGGUACCAAUUAUUAUGACCCCUAAAAAAAUAAAUAAAUUUAUUUGAUCUAUUUUGUAGUUUUAUUCAUAAAAUAUUAAAUACAAGAGGUUUUAUUUACAUUUUUUCAUGUUUUAUCAUAGGCGACUUUAGCAUCCACAUAGCCUUCUAUUGUGCUAAAUUUGACAUCCGUUAUCUAUUUUGAAAUAUGUCAAUAAUGACAAGUAUUUAAAAGUUUUUUUUCUUGUUUUUUUUUUGUUAAUUGGAAAAAAAAUGGAACUUGAAAGUGAAAAGAAGUCUGGAGAAAUUUCUGAAAACCAAAGCACUAUCCCUAGAGAUACAUCUAAGGUGAAUCAUGAAUAUCACUGUUUAGAGGACUUCUGUAUAAUGAUUAGCGUUCCCAGUAGUAAAGCUCUCAUAUCGCCGUCUACCGCCGAUGUUCCUGAAAUGUCACAUACAGAUGAUGUUGCCGUUUUAGAAGCUUACGCCAAAAUAGUAGAAGAUAAUAAAUCUAGCAACACAAUAAAAGAAGGAUCGGUAGAAGGUAGUAAGUCUAGCAACGCAAAUAAAGGAAAAACGUUUAAAGAGCAAGACGAAGAAGAUGAAGACAAGGAAAUGGAAGAAAAUAGGGGUUCAAUAGCAAUAUGGAAUAGUCGGAUGUCCAGAUUACCUUCUGUAAGAUCAGAAGAUUCUGUGAAAAGAGCAUCGAGAAUUAGAUUUUCCAACAGUGUAGUGCAGGAUGGCGACGUUAACUGUAGUGAAUUUGUCGAUCAUGUCAGAUUUGCUAAGGAGUUUGUAGACAGUAUUAUAGCCGAAUCAGAAGAAGUGACUGCAGAUCAAACUGAAAGGCAAUCAUUGGAAGUAAAAAAAUAUAAAAAUUCUUUUGAAUUUUCGUACGUGGAAAGUACGAGGUCGUUUAGUUCCUGGCCUACAGUAGAGAACUUUACUAUUGAACAAGGCGCAUACAAAAUAGACGAGUAUUUAGCAUCGUUUCAAACUGAAGAAGACUGGCUUUACGUCAUCUAUUAUCAAGGGGCGAUGUCAACUAAAUGUUCCGAGAUACAUAAAUACCAAGCUAUUUAUAGUUUACCGACAUGGAGAUAUCCCAUAGCACAGGCGACCGCUAGUAUUUAUUUUAGAAUCGAAGUUUGUAAAAUAAAACCGAAAUAUUGUCCAGUAGAUAUAACUUUUAAUUAUGAAACAUUUCGACUACAGCAUAAACCUGGAGUUUUGGAUUUCAAAGAAAAGUGGCUAUUGUAUAUUCUAGACUCAAAAAUAAACACCUUUAAAACAGUGACAUACUAAAACAAUUUAUACAAGUAAAAU